AUGGAGCUAAACAACGCCCCAGUCCACCGACUCGUCGACUUCAACAAUGUUAACACGGCCGAAGACUCGAUUUCCCUAUGGCGUAGGAUCAAGAAGGCGACAACAAAGAGCAUCGUCACAACAUGGCGGCUAGGCAGCGAUAGGGCCGCCAACGUCACCCGGCCUUCAAUCGAGACUCGGCGAGCCUCGGUCAUGUCGCAUACCGGGUCGUACCUAGGAAACGAAGGUGACAUUCAGAUGACACCAGUCCCCUCACCUCUGCCGGGACAGUCUCCUACUCAGUCCCCAUCCUGGCCUCUAGGACCCGGAGAGAACGACAAGAUUCGCGGCGCUGACUCGAAACCCGAAAUCACCCAGAAGUUUUGGGGAAGCGUCUUGAACCCUUACAAGUCUGUCCCCGAGAAAGCCCGCUUCAAGAAGGACGCGUGGAAGAACGUCCAGGUUGGCGAUUUUGUGCGUCUAUACAACAACGAAGAAAUCCCCGCCGACGUCAUUGUCCUUUCCACAUCUUCCGAUGAUGGCGCCUGUUAUGUAGAAACUAAGAAUCUGGACGGCGAAACGAACCUCAAGGUCCGCAGCGCACUGCAUUGUACUCGCGAUGUACGACACGCUCGACACUGCGAACGCGCCGAAUUCGUCAUUGAGAGCGAAGGCCCCCACUCGAACCUCUAUUCCUACAGCGCAGCCAUCCGGUGGCAGCAACACAACACAAAGGAUCCCGAGGCGCAGCCCUAUGAAAUGGUCGAGCCUAUUUCCAUCAACAAUCUGGUCCUGCGUGGAUGUCAAUUGCGAAACACCGAGUGGAUUCUGGGAGUAGUCAUCUUCACCGGUGACGAGAGCAAGAUCAUGAUCAACUCUGGAAUCACACCUAGCAAGCGAGCCCGCAUCUCCAAAGAGCUUAAUUGGAACGUCGUGUACAACUUCUUCAUCUUGGCCGCCAUGUGUCUGGUGUCUGGAAUUGUGCUAGGAGUUUCGUGGGCUCGGAAUGACACUUCGCACUCAGUCUUCGAGUUUGGCUCAUACGGAGGCGCCCCUGCCACUGACGGUGUCAUUGCCUUCUGGGCUGGUGUCAUUCUCUUCCAAAACUUGGUCCCCAUUUCGCUCUACAUUACGUUGGAAAUCAUCCGAACACUCCAGGCCCUCUUCAUCUACAGCGACAUCAACAUGUACUACGAAAAACUCGACUACCCGUGCACCCCCAAGUCCUGGAACAUCUCCGAUGAUGUCGGUCAAAUCGAAUACAUCUUCUCGGACAAGACCGGAACUCUUACUCAGAACGUCAUGGAGUUCAAGAAGGCGACCAUCAACGGUGUUCCCUAUGGAGAAGCGUACACCGAAGCACAAGCCGGAAUCCAGCGAAGACAAGGCAUCGACGUCGAGGUUGAAGGUGCAAAGGCUCGUGAGCAGAUUGCAAGGGAUCGUGUGCGUAUGCUCGAAGGUAUCCGGAAGAUGCACGACAAUCCUUAUUUGUGGGACGACGACCUGACUUUCGUUGCACCCGACUUCAUCGAUGAUCUACGCGGAGACGCCGGAAUGGAACAGAAGAGGGCCAAUGAGGAAUUUAUGCUUGCCUUGGCUCUUUGCCACACCGUUGUUACCGAACGCACCCCCGGCGACCCACCCAAGAUCGAGUUCAAGGCCCAAUCACCCGACGAAGCUGCACUUGUUGCCACUGCUCGCGAUGUUGGAUUUACAUUUGUCGGCCGCGAAGACGACAAUCUGAUUUUGAACGUCUUGGGACAGGAGCGCAGGUACCAGGUUCUCAACACUCUCGAAUUCAACUCCAGCAGGAAGCGCAUGAGCGCCAUCAUCAGGAUGCCCGAUGGCAAGAUUAUCCUCUUCUGCAAGGGUGCUGACAGCAUGAUUUACUCAAGAUUGAUCCCCAAUGAGCAACGACAGCUUCGCGCCGAUACUGGAGAGCACCUGGAAAUGUUUGCACGAGAGGGACUGCGAACACUUUGUAUUGCCCAGAGAGAAAUCUCUGAAGAGGAGUACCAAGAGUGGAGCAAGGACUACGAUGUUGCUGCCAACGCCAUCCAGGGUCGUGAGGACAAGUUGGAAGAAGUGUCUGAUCGCAUCGAAAAUCACCUUUGGCUACUAGGAGGAACUGCUAUUGAGGACCGACUCCAGGACGGUGUACCAGAGUCCAUCUCGCUUCUCGGUCAGGCGGGUAUCAAGCUCUGGGUCCUGACUGGUGACAAGGUAGAGACAGCCAUCAACAUUGGUUUCUCAUGCAACCUGCUCGACAACGACAUGGAUCUCAUUAUUCUCAAGGUCACAGAUGAUACCAUUGCAUCCGUGGAAGCUCAGCUCGACGAAAAGCUCAAAAUCUUUGGUCUCGAGGGUUCCGAGGAGGAGCUGGCUGCCGCGCAAAACGACCACGAACCGCCUCCACCCACACAUGCCAUCAUCAUCGAUGGAGACACACUUAAGCUGGCUUUGGACGAGUCCGUCAAGAGAAAGUUCCUCUUGCUCUGCAGGAGAUGUCGAUCUGUCCUGUGCUGCAGAGUCAGUCCCAGUCAAAAGGCGGCUGUUGUCAACAUGGUCAAGACUGGACUCGACUGUCUUACUCUUGCCAUUGGAGACGGUGCCAACGACGUUGCCAUGAUUCAAGAGGCACACGUUGGUGUCGGUAUCGCCGGUGUUGAGGGUCGCGCGGCCGUCAUGUCUUCGGAUUACGCGAUUGGUCAAUUCCGCUUCUUGACUCGCCUUGUGCUUGUUCAUGGCAGAUGGUCGUACCGCAGACUUGCGGAGACCAUUGCCAACUUUUUCUACAAAAACAUUGUUUGGACUUUUGCCCUCUUCUGGUACCAGAUUUACACCAACUUUGACAGCCAGUAUAUUUUCGACUACACAUACAUCAUCUUCUUCAACUUGGCGUUUACGUCACUCCCUGUUAUUGUCAUGGGUGUUUUGGACCAGGAUGUCGACGAUAGGGUGUCUCUGGCUGUUCCACAACUAUAUCGCCGCGGUAUUGAGCGCAAGGAGUGGACACAACCAAAGUUUUGGGCAUACAUGGUUGAUGGUAUCUAUCAAUCCGCCAUUGCUUUCUUCUUCCUCUACGAGAUAUUCGAGCCCGCCACUUUUGCGACGUCAAACGGCUUGGACAUUGCCGAGUACCGGCGCAUGGGUAUCUAUGCCGCUACUACUGCCGUUUGUGCCGCCAACAUUUACGUCUUGUACAACACUUACCGAUGGGAUUGGUUAAUGGUCCUCAUCGUUGUUAUCAGUACCCUCUUUGUCUGGCUUUGGACUGGCGCCUACACCUCCUUUACUUCCAGUCAACAGUUCUACAAGGCCGGAUCCGAAGUCUACGGAAACCUCAAUUUCUGGGCAUACGUUCUGUGUGCCACCAUGGCUUGUUUGCUUCCCCGCUUCAUCUUCAAAGCCACGCAGAAGAUGUACUUUCCGUUGGAUGCCGACAUUAUUCGAGAACAAGUCAAGCAAGGCAAAUUCGACUAUCUUAAAGAAUCCACUUCAUUCAUUCCUCCACCACCAGAGAAGGCCGCUUCUUCACCAGAAUCGAGCAUCCCAGAGCCCGAUCCCUCCAAGUACACGGCUGCGAAUGCUACUCCUACUGAUGAAGAUGUACGACCAAUAUACCCACCUUCGGUUGCACCCACGGCCACGACGCACAACCCAAGAAGCCAAAACGGUAGCAACAGCACAGACUACACCUUCCGUCGCUCCCUGGAAGGCCUCCCACCAGCCCCCACUUCAGACGGCCCUCCACUCAACACCCGCAUGUCGACUGAAUGCCGUGUGCGACCGAGCUACGACCGUGCGCGCAUGUCGAUGGACCGUGUGCGCCCUAGUUUCGAGCAGAGUAACGAUUUCACGUCUGCAGCCAUGCUGACGCGACUCGACUACCAGGCCGCAAAUGGCGUCAACGGACAGCCGGCCGUCAUGAGCCGGUUACGCAACGCCAUACGAAGAGCAACGAUUACGCGCGAAGAGCUGCCCGAGCAUCUCCGACAAUAUCAGCAGCAACAACAACAACAACCAAACGGCGAGGAUGUACCAGAUGUACCGGCGGUACCCAAAUCGCCAGUGCCCAAGUCGCAGUCGCCUCCUGCGAGCCCGCCCAGGUAA